GAGCUUCCGACGAGCUCUCUCGUACCUUUGUUCCAGGUUAAACUUGGCUCGCCAUGGUAGCAGCGAAGAGCAAAUGGCAAGCUGACCCAAUUCCCUUGCCGAUUCCCGAAAAGUAAAGUGCGGGGCAAGGCGAGGGGAAAUCAUAUAAACCGGUCAUUCGACUCUCUUUUCUCCAACUGUGUCACGAAUCUGUCUCCUUCUCUCCCAACCUCUUCACCUUCGUACAUACCCCAUCUACCACAAAGCACAUCAUGUUGGGAAAAAUCGCCCUCGAAGAAGCCUUUGCGCUGCCACGGUUCCAGGAAAAGACUCGCUGGUGGGCCGGUCUGUUCGCGACUGACGUCGAUAAGCACGUCGCCGAGAUCACGGAUGUCGAUUCUAUCCGAUUGAACUUUGCCGAGAAGCAUGGGGUCGGAUUGCAGAUUCUUUCUUAUACCGCGCCCGGUGUACAGGAUAUCUGGGAUCCGGUCGAUGCGCAGAAACUCGCCGUUGAAAUCAACGACUAUAUCGCGGAGAAGGUAAAGGCGCAUCCCGAUCGGUUUGCGGCUUUUGCCACUCUAUCCAUGCACGAUCCCCAAGAAGCCGCGGACGAACUCCGCCGCUGCGUAACCCAGUACGGCUUCCUGGGCGCCCUGGUCAACGACACACAAAGAGCCGGGUCCGACGGCGACGACAUGAUCUUCUACGACAACGAAAAAUGGGACGUCUUCUGGUCUACCUGCACAGAGCUAGACGUACCCCUCUACCUCCACCCCCGCAACCCCACAGGCACAAUCUACGACAAGCUUUGGGCAGACCGCAAAUGGCUCCUCGGUCCCCCCCUCUCCUUCGCCCACGGCGUCUCCCUACACGCCCUCGGCAUGGUAACGAACGGUGUCUUCGACCGCCACCCAAAGCUGCAAGUCAUCCUCGGCCAUCUGGGCGAACAUAUCCCCUUCGACAUGUGGAGAAUUAACCACUGGUUCGAGGAUCGGAAGAAGCUGCUCGGUCUGCGGGAGACGUGUAAGAAGACGAUCCGGGAGUAUUUCGCGCAGAAUCUGUGGAUUACGACUUCCGGCCAUUUCUCGACGACGACGCUCAACUUUUGCUUGGCGGAGGUUGGGGCGGAUCGGAUUUUGUUUAGUAUUGAUUAUCCGUUCGAGACGUUUGAGGAUGCCUGUGAGUGGUUUGAUGCGCUGGCGAUUAAUGAGACGGAUCGGUUGAAGAUUGGGAGGGAGAAUGCGAAGAAGUUGUUCAAGUUGAAGGAGUAUAAGGAUAGCAAUGCUUAGGGGAGGUUUUAUGGGUUGAGAGAUUUGGAAGCGAAUGGUGCAGUUUAAGAAAUCAGUUAUUGUCUCGUUAGCACUGAUUGAUAUGAAAGCCUAUGGCAUAUGACGAUAUGAUUGAGAUUGCGCUGCUUCGUCAACUGUAUCAGGGUAUCGUUCGUUAAUCGUGAGUUUCGUAAGAAGGGUGUAAGAGUGUAGGGGGUCGUUGACUGGUCCGUCAUUAGCUCCCUAGUUGAGUUCAAUGGGCGGGAGCUCCUCCACAACAAAAUCUUCUACAUCCGGCUCGUUGGGCAACUCGA